AUGUCCCGGGAGGAGCGUAUCGCGGCUGAAGCAAAGUUGAGGAAGAAGGUUGAUACGAGAUUGUUGCCGAUGAUUAUUCUCAUGUAUAUCAUGAACUAUCUGGAUCGUAACAAUAUCGCUGCGGUUCGAUUGGCAGGUCUGCAGGACGAAUUGAAUUUAAGCAGUGUGCAGUAUCAAACAACCGUCUCGAUUCUCUUUGUUGGCUACGUGGGCAUGCAAGUUCCUUCGAAUUUAUUCUUGAACAAGACUGGAAAGCCAGCGCUCUACCUGCCUACUUGCAUGAUCAUCUGGGGCAUUCUCAGCGGUUUGACAGGCGCAGUCCAGAACUUUGCCGGUCUGGCUGCGUGUCGCUUCUUUCUCGGAUUCAUUGAAGCUGCUUACUUCCCGGGUUGUCUCUUUUACCUCUCGUCUUGGUACACGCGAAAAGAACUUGGUCUGCGAACAGCGCUUCUGUACUCCGGCUCGCUCAUCUCAGGCGCCUUCGGUGGACUUAUCACAGCUGGAAUCACAGGUAAUAUGAACGGAUUGCAUGGUCUGCGCGCGUGGCGAUGGGUCUUCAUCCUCGAAGGGAUCGUCACUGUGAUUAUCGCCUUUACGGCCUACUUCAUCUUACCCAACUUCCCACGCACUACAAAGUGGCUGACCGAGGAGGAGCGCCAACUUGCCGUUUACAGGUUGCAGGAGGACAUUGGCGAGGAUGAUUGGACCUCAGCUGAUCAACAAACGUUCUUCCACGGCCUUAAACUCGCCCUGCUGGACAUCAAGACCUGGAUCUUCACCGUCUUGCUUCUAUCGAUCGUUUCCUCGGCUUCCGUCACCAACUUUUUCCCGACCGUUGUCAAGACGCUUGGCUACGACAACAUCCGCACCCUUUUGCUCACGGCACCACCCUAUGUCUUGGCCGUCUUUACGACCUUUCUGAAUGCAUGGCACGCCGAUAAGACCGGCGAACGUUUCUGGCAUAUUGUCCUCCCACUCUGCGUGGGCGUUGCUGCCUUCAUCCUGGCUGCAUGCACCCACAGCACAGCCCCUCGAUACGUAGCCAUGAUGCUUAUGGUUCCUGGCGUAUACACAGGAUACGUCGUAGCAUUGGCCUGGAUCUCGAAUUCGAUGCCGAGGCCGCCGGCGAAGCGUGCUGCAGCUCUUGCCUUCAUCAACGCGGUAUCGAAUACAAGCAGUAUUUACGCGAGUUACAUGUACCCGCAGCCAAAGAGCGGCGCCCAGCCCAAUCUGACAGUACCGCUCAGUGUUGAUUGUGCGACGGCGGGUCUCGCGAUCAUCAUGACUGUUGUGAUGAGGAUGAUCUUGGGCAGGCUGAACAAAAAGUUGGAUAAGGGAGAGCACGUUGAGGGGGCCAUUAACGCAGUUCCGGGCGAAGCGCAAGAGCGUGGUUUCAGAUUCUUGGUAUAA